CGUCACCAUCUCAGCUUGCAACAUUGUAUAACCCCAAAUUAAAGAAUUUGCAUUACUUAGCUUACCAUACUAAUUCUAGCAAACAUCAUUGAUCCACAAAUAUAGUUAAUUGAUACAAUUUUUGACCUAGAUUACUCUCCUAUAUUCCCUCUAAUAUGAGUCAUAGAUUUUUUCUCCCUUCAUCACUAUGCAAAACAACUUCACAAAUCCUAGUUCUUUCAAGUUAUAACAAAAAUCACCAUUAUGACUUUCCAAGUUCCUAUCUUUAUCCCUUUACAUUUCACCUUCAAACCCAAUUUCUAUGUCCUACUUCUAUCCCAAUUCUUAGAUGUUGUUAUGGUAGCCAUGUAUUUGAUUUAUUGGUUUUGGGUUCUCAUUAUUUGAAACCCAGUUGCAGAAAUUCAAGAACAAAGCAAAGAUAUAGCUUUUCUGUAAAUGUUAGAGCAACUUCAAGAGAAACCCCAUAUGAAGUUUUGGGUGUUUCUCAAUCUGCUACACCUAAUGAAAUUAAAAGGGCUUAUAGAAAACUUGCUCUUAAAUAUCACCCAGAUGUCAAUAAAGAGGCAAAUGCUCAAGAGAAAUUUAUGAGGAUAAAACAUGCAUAUAAUACAUUGAUCAACUCUGAUUCUCGAAGUAGAUAUGACGCUGGAAAUCGUAAAUCUGAUUUUUCCUACUCGUCUUCUGGUAGAAACCAGAGCACCCAAGAAGAGGAGGAAUUCUAUGGAUUUGGUGAAUUUUUGAGGGAUGUCCAAAAUACAGUAGGUGAUUUCUUUAAAGAUCUACAGGAAGAAUUUCAAAGUUGGGAAGCAAAUGCCUCAUCACAAGGUAAACCAAAGAGCUUAUGGGAGGAAUUAGCGGAAAUAGGAGAAGAGUUUGUUGAAUUUUUGGAGAAGGAACUUAACAUAGCUGAUCAAGAUUUCGGAGUUGAAGCGCAAACAGGAAGUUCUAAAGCUCAAAGUACAAAUAACGUCGAUAGUAAAAUGAGUGAUAAAAACAGCAUUGAGGAGAGUAUUGAUGAGAUUGAAGCUGCUCUUGCUCAAUUGAAGAAAGAAUUAGGUCUAUAGCAUUUUUGCUUUCCCAAUUGUGCCGUAUAUUCAACGCAAACAUGUUCUUAUUAGUAAGAAAUGAGAAUCGGGUAUUGUAUUUUAAAAGGCGAUAUUAUAUGCUUUUGUUUCGACAUCAAAGAUCACAUUAAGGGAAGUAUGGAUGAUUUGAACUGAA